AUGAAUGAUCUCUACAAUAAUCCGCUUGUCUGCGACUGCCAUCUGCGAUGGCUCAUUGUGACAGCUCAGGCCGGCGAGUCCAAUGUCACAGUAACGGACGCUGUGUGUAGUGAGCCCGCGCACCUGAAGGGGCGUGAAAUAAGGAACGUGGCCCCAGCGGAUCUCAAUUGCAGCAUGUUCGACAAUAUUGAGAUAGUAAAGGCCCCCAAUGCCACAUACGACGUUGAGCCCAAUAUGAAGAUAGUCUUUGCCAUAGAUGUAAUCACGGACCCAUACUGGCAGAACCAGAUAAGCUACAAAUGGUUCUGGUACUUGCCAGUUACCACGUCGACUGGUGACCAGAUUAUAGAGAAGCAGCCACUCCCACCCACCUCCAGCUAUGACAAGUACUUCAAGCUGUCACUGUCGGGCAAGGAGCUGACCUUCACCAUACCCGACGUGAAAACACAUGUAACAGCGGACAAUAAGGCCGAGUAUGAUCUCUACCAGGACCUCACGGAUGACAGGCUCUUCUCCAUCAAUAUCAGCCACAAAUUUGACCAUCGAGUGGUGAACUUCACUGUGAAAGGAAAGGAGCUGGAAAAAACAAGGAAGAGGGAAUCAAGCACGGACAGACAGUAUUCAGAUGGGCAGCCUUCAAUCUAA